AUGACCUCUCCGGCUCCAGAAGCUGCUACCUCGUCCCCUGUUCCCUCUACCUCUAGUUCUUCUACCCUGACCCCUGCCCCACCAAUCCCGGCUCAACUAGGCACUAAACGCCGGGCCACCAAUUCCAACGAUGACGACUGUAUCGAGGCGAGACGCCGUCGGCUCCUUGAAAAUAUUGCAUUCGAGGAGAUUGUCCGCCUGGCCCAUUCUGCCGUCACAAAUUCCCCCGGCUCGAACGGGCCAUUGUCACCGCUAGCCGCCGCUCAAGCCUAUGCUUUGGAGCAAAUCCAUUUACGUGGUGAGUUGUUCUCGAGCCGGCUAUUU